AUGAGCGUUCAGGCAAGUGCUCUGGUGACCUCCAGGUGGCUCGCGGAAGCGGCCAGGUUGCACCCCCCAAAAAUUCGGAUCCUGGACGCAUCCUGGUACUUGCCCAAAGUGCGGCGUAACGCCAAGAACGACUUCCGCGCGAGACAUAUACCUGGCGCAACCUUCUUCGACCUAAACGAGUGCUGUGAUCGAAGCUCCCCCCUGGAGCACAUGCUGCCCUCUUCCCGCACCUUCGCAGACUACGCGGGCCGGCUGGGCGUGGACGCCGACACACAUGUGGUGGUUUACGACGCAAGCGAUUUCGGCAUCUUCUCGGCACCGCGGGCCUGGUGGAUGUUCCGGGUGUUCGGCCACGGCCGGGUGUCGGUGUUGGACGGAGGGCUGCGCGGGUGGCAGCGUGAGGGACGACCGGUGAGCGAUCAGCCACCAGUCAGACGCGAUACCAGCGAGUUCAAGGCGUCACUCAACCGCAGUUGGGUGAAGAGUUACCAGGAUAUAGUGGACAAUCUCGACUCCAAGAACUUCCAGUUGGUGGACGCCAGGCCGACUGGCAGGUUCCGAGGACUAGACCCUGAACCUCGAGACAACACCGAACCAGGCCACAUUCCUGGCUCCAUCAGCCUGCCCUUCCACUCCUUUCUGUCACCAUCGGGUCACUUCCUGCCCAAGGAGCACCUCUGGGCUCUGUUUUCCGAUGCCGGCGUGGACCUCAGCCGCCCCUUGUGCGCGUCGUGUGGCUCGGCAGUAACGGCAUGCCACGUGGCGCUGGCGGCACACCAGUGCGGGCACCCAGGCGUGUCGGUGUACGACGGCGGCUGGUCCGAGUGGUAUGCGCGGGCUGCGCCACAGGAUGUCAUCUCAGAGGGCCGGGGAAAGCAUCUGUAA